AUGAAGCAAGAAGAAGAGUGGGCUUUGAAUGGUUGCUCUAUUAUGACCGAUGCUUGGAGCGACUGGAAAAGAAGAAGUAUAAUGAAUUUGUGUGUCAAUUGUGCGGAAGGCACAACUUUUCUUUCUUCUAAGGAAGCAUCGGAUGAGGCACACACCGGGACGUAUAUUUUUGAAUAUGUGGACAAGUGCAUUGAAGAUGUUGGGCCACAAAAUGUGGUUCAAGUGGUGACGGACAAUGCUUCAAAUAAUAUGGCGGCGAGAGAUUUGAUGAAGUUGAAGAGGCCAAACAUAUUUUGGACUUCAUGUGCAACUCACACCUUGAAUCUUAUGCUUCAAGGAAUUGGCAACCAGCCUAGAUUCAAAGGGGUGAUUGAGAAGGCAAAGAGCUUCACCAUCUAUAUUUAUGCACAUCACAAGACUUUGGCAUUGAUGAGGAAGUUUACAAAGAAAAGAGAUAUAGUGAGGCCGGGAGUCACUAGAUUUGCAACCGCUUUCCUCACUUUGCAAAGCUUGAUGGAGAAGAAGAAUGAGUUGAGAGCUAUGAUUACUAGUGAUGAAUGGAAUGAAAGCAAGCAUGCAAAGAGUGUAAAGAGGAAGGCGGUGGUGAAUAUUGCUUUGAGUGCUUUUUUUGGGAAUGGGGUAAGUCUUUGCUUGAAGGUGUUUGCCCCUUUAGUGAAGGUGCUUCGCCUUGUUGAUGGGGAUAAAAGGCCAUCAAUGGGCUUUGUGUAUGGGGAACUACUUAGAGCCAAGGAGGAGAUUAAAAUGGCAUUCAAAGAUCAAGAAACUCAUUAUCGUCCAAUCCUUGACAUUGUUGAUGGAAAUGCCCGUGGUCGACUUGAUAGUCCAUUGCAUUUAGCGGGUUACCUCUUGAACCCAUGCUAUGCAUAUGCCAAUCCAGGCAUUGAGAAUGAUAAUGUGGUCAUGGAUGGGUUCUUCAAUUGUGUUGAGGUGUUCUUUCCCGAUGACAUUCAAACUCAAAAUUUGGUGACAAAUGUAGAAUUGCACAAGUAUUUGAAGAAAGAGGGUGGAUUUGGAAGAGUUUUGCCUAAGGCGGGAUGCACACAAAAUGAUGACAAUUAUAAUCCGGUUUCGUGGUGGAAUAUUUAUGGAAACCUUGUACUAAAAUUACAAAGUAUGGCUAAAAGGAUACUUUCAUUGACCACAAGCUCAUCCGGAUGUGAGAGAAAUUGGAGCGCUUUUGAGGGGAUCCAUACAAAGAAAAGGAAUAGAUUAGAUACAACGAGGUUAAACAAUUUAGUCUAUGUCCAAUUCAAUGCCAAAAUCAUCAAUAAGAAGAGAAGAAUGAAAGAGAAGAAUGUGGAUGUAUUACUAGCAUGUGAAGCUACUAUGGCCCAAGGAUGGAUUGUGGAUGGUGGUGAUGAAGAUGUCGAUUCCGAUCUCACUAGUGAAGUAGUUGGAGAGGGAUCGGGAUUGGGAGUGGAUAGUAGCUUAGAGCCUAGGAGAAGUAGUAGAAUUCAAGAAAUUAGGGAACUUCAUGAGGAUGAUUUUGUAUCGGAUGAAGAGGAAGAAGAUGAGAUGACUUUUGAGUUUGAGUUCGAUGAGGAGGGAGUACUAGAGGGAUAUAGAGAAGAAGAAUUUGAGGAUUAG